GCUAUGAGGAAGAGAUAUGGAGAGAGAUCAUGGAAACACACCUGAAGCCCAGAGUCAGAGCAAUAAUAAUAUCUGGUGGUAGUGGUCUGUCAACACAUUGAACCAAAGGGUGGAACAUACCCAGCCAAGAUGGUGCCCAGAGCAGCAACGACCCACUCAACCGAGUUAAAGCCCAGGAUGCCGACGCCAUGGAAGCGCUGCAGACCCAGCUGGAGAGAACAAAACCACAAGAAAGAUGCAUCAGCUCUUGGCCCCCACUCCUGGCAUCCCCUUGUCCCCUGGUCUGUGAGCUUCCUGUCUUUCCCUGGCCGACUCCACCACCAUCCACAUUCCUUUCGAGGAGCCAAAUACCUACUGUGUACAGCUAGUCCUCUGCCCCCUGUAAUUGUGUGUGUGAACAUUGGUGUACUGGAUCUGCGUUGUGGGGAUGACUGACCCUAGGGAACAAGGUUACCAUAGGAGCAUCAUGCCUCUCCUGAAAACAAAAACCAUCUUGAGGAACAAAAUUCACAGCACGAUAUCAAAGAAGGCACGAGCAGGAAACUUGGAGGCGAUGCGCUCAGGUGACAAGUACUGGACAUGUAAGCGGGAAGGCCAGGUGCAGCUGCGCAUGGGCAAGAACCCAUUAGAGAACGAGCCUCCGGUCACAGUGCCGGACUUGAUCAUGAGCGCGGCCACAAAGUACUCACACUACCUGGCGAUCGGCUCCAAGUACAAGAAGAGCUGGCAGGUGCUUACCUACAUCGAGUACUAUGAGGCCUGCCGGCGCGCUGCCAAGGCCUUUCUCAAGGUGGGCCUGGAGCGCUUCCAUGGUGUGGGCAUCAUGGGAAUCAAUUCCUCGGAGUGGGUGAUUGCCAGCAUUGGAGCUAUCAUGGCAGGUGGCAUCUCUGUGGGCAUCUUGAGCAGCAACUCUCCCAAGGCCUGCCAAGUCAUCGCUGAGACCUCAGAAAUGGAUAUCUUUGUGGUCGAUAAUGACAGACAGCUGCAGAAGGUUAACCAGAUCCAGGGCUACUUGAAACAUCUCAAGGCCAUCAUACAGUACAGAGAAGAUAUCCAGGAAGUGCAGCCAAAUUUAUACUCGUGGAAAGGGUUCCUGGACCUCGCAGACGGCAUCUCAGAUGAAAAACUGGACCAGAUCAUCGAUGCACAGAAGCCCAAUCAGUGCUGUGCUUUGGUAUACAACCAGGGUACCACAGGAAACCCAAAGGCCAUAAUGCUGAGUCAUGACAAUAUCUUGGAUGUUUGGGUGGCAAUCUCCGUGGCUGGGACAGUCUAUUUCCCCUCACUAGAGUCAGGGCAGUGGAGUGGGCUACCACGAAUCUCUGGCACGGGCUUCCUGAUGGAGUUGCUCCGCGAGGUCCAGCCCACCACAUUCUGCGGCAUCCCGUGGGUGUGGGACCGUAUGCUGGACAGUCUGAAGACCAAAUACCUGGACUCCACUGCCUUCCGCAGGAAGAUUGACCGCUGGGCCAUGCGCAUGGGCCUCAGUACCAACAAGAGGCAGAUGAUGGGGGGGAUCCACCAGCCGCUGUGCUUCGGCCUGGCUAAGAGAUUGACCUUCAAGCCGGCCAAGAAGUUCCUGGGUCUCAACCACUGCGAGCAGUUUCUAAACGUGGGCAUGGGGCUGCCGAGGAGCACGCUGGAUUUCUUCCUCAGCGUGAACAUUCCUAUCUUGGAGAUGUACGGCUUGUCAGAGUGCACGGGACUGCACACUCUGUCUAGCCUCCAGGCUUACCGGAUACUGAGCUCUGGGAAGGCGCUUCCCAAAACCCACACAAAGGUGGAGAAGGAAAACCAGGAUGGAGUCGGGAAUUUGUGCAUCUGGGGCCGCCACGUAUUCAUGGGGUACCUCAGAGACAAGCAUGGCACAGAAAGGAAGGUGGACAACCAUGGCUGGCUACACACGAACGACCUGGGCUUCUUGGAUUUUGACAAAUACCUCUUUGUCAUGGGGAACACUAACGAUUUGAUCAGACUGAGCUCAGGGGAAAUGGUCAACCCGCUCCCCAUCGAGGAGCGGGUGAGGACCCGAAUCCCCCUUGUGCGUUAUGCCAUGCUGGUGGGCCAGGAUGCCCCGUACCUGUGCGCUCUCCUCACAUUGAAGUGUCAAAUAAAUCCAGAAACUGGAGAAGCUCAGGGUAACCUGACCAGUGAGGCUAUAGCUUGCUGUCGGAAACUUCGAAGCCAGUCCACCUGGUUGUCAGAUGUCCUAUAUAACCGUGACCCUUUGGUCACACAGUUCAUUGACCAGGGCAUCCAGGAUGUGAAUUCGGAGGCGCCCUCAGUGGGCGCCAAGAUCAUUAAGUGGGUCAUUCUAGACAACGAUUUCUCUGUGGACGGUGGGGAGCUUGGACCCAUGAGCAAGAUGAACAGGUCCACUGUGAUCAAGAUAUACCAGGAGGAAAUCCAGAAACUUUAUGAGACUUCAACCUCCUAGGAACCCCAUGCACCCCAAUCUUCAUUCAAGUGCUGGCACUUCGUCUCCUUCAUCCUGCUUACUGGGGGACAAUUUCUACAAUGGAGGGAGGGAUCCCUGUGAGGACCCUGGGCAGAAAGGCACAUUCUGCCCUCUAGAGUUGGUAUUUGAAUUGUAAAGAAAUUAAAUGUGUUCACUAAA